AUGUGGCCAAGACUUGUGGCCAACAAGCUCAUAAGGAAAAGCGUCGGGAGCAACAACUUCGUCGCCGAUUUCCCACCGGAUACCGAUCAGAAGCUUCUAGAAGCUUCCGGAUUAGCUGAUGAACGACCUUCUUUCGACUCUAAAUCAAUUUUCUUCAACAAAUUCAAAACCACUCAUCUCAACUACAAGGUUUUCGUAAGCACAUGGAACGUCGGUGGUAUCGUCCCGGACGAUGGGCUUGACAUGGAGGAUCUAUUGGAAACAAAUAAAACACCAUGCGACAUAUACGUGCUUGGGUUUCAAGAGGUUGUGCCUCUUCGUGCUUCAAAUGUAUUGGGAUCAGAUAACAACAAGGUCUCUGCAAAAUGGAACUCCUUGAUAAGAGGGACUUUGAACAAAGGAGUUGAAGCACCUCAUCGAGACAAGAACUUGUCGGAAUUAAAGGGGAUUAAUGGAAUUUCACAAGAUUUCAGAUGUAUCAUAAGUAAACAGAUGGUCGGGAUCUUGAUCACCGUUUGGGUUCGAGGAGAUCUCUGGCCGUACAUCCGAAACCCUAGCGUUUCAUGCGUUGGAUGCGGCAUAAUGGGUUGCUUAGGGAACAAGGGGUCGGUAUCGGUUAGAUUUCAAUUGCACGAAACAAGCUUCUGUUUCGUUUGCAGCCAUCUAGCUUCUGGUGGUCGCGACCGAGAUGAACGACAUAGAAACUCCGACGUCAACGAGAUCUUAACGAGAUCGAAUUUUCCUCGAGGCACGUCUCACGAUUUACCCAAAAAGAUUCUUGAUCACGAUCGAGUGAUCUUUCUGGGAGAUUUGAAUUAUCGAAUUUCGUUACCUGAGGAGAAGACAAGAUUAUUGGUGGAAAGAAAAGACUGGAACAGCUUACUUGAAAAUGAUCAGCUAAGGAUGGAGAUCUUGAACGGCCAAAUUUUCAAAGGUUGGAAGGAAGGAAUUGUCAAAUUUGCUCCAACAUAUAAAUAUAUUCCAAAUUCGGAUUUAUAUUAUGGAUGCAUCGCAUACAAAAAGGACGAGAAGAAACGAGCUCCUGCAUGGUGUGAUCGAAUAAUAUGGUAUGGAAAUGGACUGAAGCAACAUGAAUAUACAAGAGGAGAAACGAAAAUAUCUGAUCAUAGACCAGUCAAAGCAAUAUUUACCACAGAAGUUACAGUUUUACGUCGUGAGAUCGCUCAUCUUCGACGGAGAUUGAUUGAAUUCUUGAUUCAAUCUACUUCUCAACUCGAACUUCCUCCGAUCGUUAAGUAUUCAUCACUAUCGCUGUUUUUCGAUCGAUUUCGUCCUUCUGUAGUCAGGUUUUUGCAGAAGAAGAAAGCAGAACAUUGGCUAUUGCAACCUUUGACAGAAAGCAAUUUGCAGCUGUUUGUAUUAGUCUCCAUAUGGAUCUCUUGCAAAAUGCAUUGUUCACGAGGUUUAUCGGUUCAUCGUCUGAAAUCCUUGGGCGAUAAGAUGAUUACAGAGCAACUCUUCACGGUUCGGGAUUUCUUGGAAGCAGAGCUGGUUUUUCUAAAGGUUUUGAAAUUUGAGGUCGGCACUCUAAAUAUAGCUUAUUCACUGCUUGAAGACCUUUUUAUUCAGUUCAAAGAAGUUGCAAAAGUUGGAGAACUUUUGAAUUUUGAAGCAUGUAUGGACAUGAUGGAUCUUCUUUACGAGAAGGAGGAGACAUCUGUUCUUUUCCACUCUUCAAAAUCAUUGGCUGCUUCCAUUCUGGUCUCUUCUUACAUAAUAACCGUGCCUAAACAGCAGCAUGAGUUUCCUGUUCUACCUUGGGGUAAGCAUUCAUAA